AUGGCCGACACCCUGGAGCAAUCGGGCGCUGCUCAAAGGAAGAGUAUGCAAUCCAUCAAGGACAACAGCGAAGCUCCAAGCACCGCAAGUGCUUCAGCAACAGACGAGUAUCCUCCAUUCAAGACGGUCCUUGCCAUAGUUUUUGGCAUGAUGUGUGUUUCCCUUCUUGUCGCCCUGGAUCGAACUAUAAUCGCAACAGCCAUUCCCGCCAUCACAGACCACUUCAACUCCCUGGGCGAUGUAGGGUGGUACGCAUCAGCCUAUCUCUUGACGAUGUCUGCCUUCCAACUCCUCAUCGGCCGCAUCUACACUUUCUACAGCACCAAGUGGGUCUACAUCAUCUCGAUCGGUAUCUUCGAACUUGGCUCCCUGGUCUGCGGAGCAGCUCCAAACUCUCCAGCAUUCAUCGUCGGCCGCGCCAUUGCGGGCAUCGGUAGCGCAGGUGUGCUCUCGGGCGCCAUCAUCGUCAUUGUCGACAUAGUUCCGCUAGAAAAACGUCCGGCCUGGACUGGAGCCUUCGGAGCUGUGUUUGCCAUAGCGUCUGUCGCGGGGCCUCUCCUCGGCGGGGCAUUCACAACCAAUGUUUCAUGGCGCUGGUGUUUCUAUAUCAACCUACCCAUCGGCGGAGCGGCAAUGGUGAUCCUCUUCUUCAUCCUCCGAGUCCCACAGAAGAAGAUCGAAAAGACCUCGCUGAUGGAGCAAGUCCACCAAUUGGACCCCAUUGGCACCGUGCUAUUCAUGCCCUCGAUCAUCUGCCUCCUCCUGGCUUUACAAUGGGGCGGCAUCAACUACUCGUGGCCCAGCGCCCGCAUCAUUGCACUACUCGUCCUCGCAGGUGUCCUCUUCAUAGCAUUCAUCGCCGUCCAGAUCUGGCGACAAGAACUCGCAACCGUGCCACCCCGCAUCGUCAAAACCCGCGCCGUGGCCGCGGGCAUCAUCUACUCAUUCUUCAGCGGCGCCGGGAUGAUCACGCUUGUAUAUCUCCUCCCGAUCUGGUUCCAAGCCAUCAAGGGCGCCACCGCCGUGCACUCGGGUAUCAUGAACCUUCCCGCCGUGCUGGGCCUGACAUUCGCAGCGAUCAUUGCGGGCGUCGGGACGAAACAACUCGGCUACUUCACCCACUGGAUGUACAUCUCGUCGAUCCUCACCCCGCUCGGCGCAGGCCUGAUCUCCACGUUCGCGACUUCCACCGGCCAUUCCAAGUGGAUCGGGUAUCAGGCGCUCUGGGGCCUGGGUCUAGGCCUGGGGAUGCAGCAGCCCAGCGUCGCGGCGCAAACCGUGCUGAAAAAGAAUGACGUGCCCACCGGCGCAGCCAUCAUCUUCUUCGCGCAGGGCCUCGGCGGCUCCGUUUGUGUCAGCAUCGCGAACAACAUCUUCCUGAACAAGCUGGCCACCGGUCUCGGUUCCAUCCCCGGCAUCGACGCGGAUCUCGUCACGCACGUCGGCGCCACCGAUCUCAGAGGCGUCGUGCCCGCAGCCAGCCUCGAUGCCGUCCUCGACGUCUACAAUUUCGCCCUCCGAAAUGGAUUCUACGUCGGCGUCGCUGUCAGUGCCGCUACCGUUGUCGGCACCCUGCUCAUGCCCUGGAUCAAUAUUAAGAAGGUCGCAGCUGAUCAGAAGGCUGAGGCGGCCGCGGCAGCUAAGACACCAGCGAGCGAUACUCGACCGGCCGACGCAGAGGCCAAGCCAGUCGAGGAGGUCUAG